CACGUCGGCGCCGCUGGAGCCGGAUGUUUCAAGAUGGCGGCCGGUGGGCGCCGCUGAGGGGCCGCGCGGGGCAGCCGAGUGUGUGGGAAGACAAGGCAGUUUCACAGUAUCGGUUGAUACUUGACUUGGGUGCAAGUUGGUCAUGCAACGUCCACCACAGGCCGUCCCCACAGGGGCAGGUUGCCCACCACCUCCAGUAGCUCCACAAAACAUGUAUUGGCGAAAUGGCCCAUUUGGCAGGCGGGCAAAUGCACAGACCUUGGUGGCAGCUGGUCCAGUGCAACCUGUGACAGACCCAUUUGCUUUUGGGAGGCAAGCACCACGAGGCGCUCUGUUGGACAACAUACAGAAAAGCAAUCCAUCUCUUACACAAGGUUUUUCUCCAGUGACAUUUCCUCCACCGGCUGCUAUUCAUCCUCCCUCCCUGCGUGCUGGGGACAGUUCUCAUGACCUACAUACUUCAUUACCAACACCCUUCCCUCCAUCUGGAGCACACAGCACAUUUUCAGAUAUAGCCCCUUCAUCCUCAGUUCCUGCAAACAUCACAAAUCAUAGCACUGAAAUUCACCCGAACCUGGAACGUAAUGAAUGCAACUCUUCAGGACAAUCUCAUUCCAUGGGAACCACCUUUGAAAAUUCUGUUGGUGGACACCAGAGACUGGCUUCUGUGCCAGAAAGGCUGCUAGGUAUGCAAGACAUUAACAAAAACCCAAGUAACCCAUCGUUGUCAUUCUUCCCUCUUGCUCAACAAAGUCUUCCUCAGUGGAAGCCUGCCCAAGAUAACUUGCAGCCCCAAGGCCAGACUUGUUCUCCCUACCCAGAGCUGCCAUCUCAAAAUGCAUUUUAUGCUGUCACUCAGUCUGCCAUUGGUGUUUCCCAAUCAAGUCCACAAACUGUUCCCCAGCAGAGCCCUUCACAGCAACCCGUUGUUCACAGUGCCAUGCAGGUACCAUUGAUGUUUGAUGCCUCUAGCAUGCAAAAUACCACUUGGCAGAGUAUGGGAGUGACCAGAUCUUGGGAAGGACAGUUUCCUCAAGAACACUUUUAUUUGCAGCCACUUGAAUCGAGCUGUGAUGCUAGUCACCCCACCAUUCAGGAAAACAGUCCCUCGGUACAAUCCCAAGAUGUUUCUGAAACAGUAAGUGGGCAGUAUGCAGCUGAUGCAGAUUCAGGGAUGAUUUCAAUGUUUUUCAAAGGAGAUGAGGCUGAAAAUGAGGAGAUACUUUCAUCAGAAAAAAAUAGUGAUGCUGGCAAAACUGACUUUGAGGCUGUUCAGCAGACUUCAGGACAUACCUAUUACCAGCCACUGCAUGCUCAGCAGAUCUUAGCAACUGCUUUCCCUCAAGUGCGCACACAUGCUAAUAUUUCGACUGAGACUGUACAAAAGGGGAUGGAUGCCCAGCAUUCAGCCAGAGCCACAUGUCAGCCUCUCGACAGCGAGGACAAUAAAAACAUGGCCUGCUUCAGUGAAGUCAAAGCUGGCCUUACUGAAGUUCAUGGCCAUAUUGGUCCCCAGUAUGAAAAUGUUGAAAAUCUGGAGUAUAUUCAGAAUCAAGAAGUUUUGCCAAGUGAGGCACAGACCCAGAACUCGUCUUCCCCAAGUGCAGCUUCUGAUCCAUGUAAAUACGCCUCCCUGGGGCCUCUGCUUCCAAAGAACAGCAUUGCAAGCCAUGUGGAAGGAGGACCAAACCUGGAAGCGCCUGAUUCAUUGCCUCAACCUGUCCGGCCUGAGAGCAGAUCUUCCAACUAUAGUAAUUUGAGCCUGUCUAGUUCUACACGGCCACGAGAGUUGGGCACCUUCAUUCAGCAAGAAAGUGGGAAGCCUGCUGAGGAUUCUGCUUCAGGUUUCUUUAAGCAAAUUGAUUCCUCCCCUUUGGAGGGAGAUGCAGGUGAUCAGAACCAGAGUAAAAAUUUCUGCAGCAGUCUUCCUCAGGUGCCAACGCUGAACCCGCCCAAACCAACGGGGGUGUUUCAGACAAGUGCAAACAGUUCUUUUGAGCCAGUCAAGUCCCAUGGGUUUGGAGUAAAACCCAUAGAGAUGGACCAAGCUAAGAUGGUGGCUGAGUUGAGAGAAAAUUGCCCAAGCCAGAGGGUUACUAAGAAGAGUCCAGCCAUGCCUGUCGUCUCCCCGGGUAAUCUUGAACAGCCACCUGAUAACUUGGAAACUAUUUUUAUGCCUCAGGCCCAUCCUUUGCUUGUGACAGUUGCUGAUGACGCUGGAAAUGGGCUGCAGCCCCUUGUUGGGUCUAUGGUGGAAAAUAUACAGUCAUUUUUUGAGAAGAAACCAUCAGCCAGAGUUCAGGGGAUCACUAAAAAGUGUGAGAGUCCAGCCACGACACUGUGGGCACCAAACGAAUUGCCCAACUUUGGGGGCAAUGUGCUGCUUGCCCCAGCUGCCCCUGCAGUUUACGUCCCAGCCAAGCAGACAGUUCAGGUGGUCCAGCCACCUGAUGAAGGGUUGCCUGGUCAGCAGCCUGGUAAGCCGGAACCGGUUCUCCCAUCAUCACAAGUUGGAAAUACAUCUUCUGAAAACAUGGAAAAUCCUCCUAAAGUGGGGAAUGAUGAGGCCCUCCAUUCCCAAGCGAGCUCAGGUUAUGCUAGCCUCCUUUCUUCUCCACCUACUGAGGCCCUGCAGAACCACCCUAUCUUGAUUGCCCAGCCAAAUCAAGGCUACAAUUUGACACAGCCUGUUAACUUCUCCCUUGCUAAUCAACUCAAGAAUGAAAAGAAUGAUUUAGCAAAGGAUCUCGGAGUUAGUAAUAAGCCUUUGCUUGGCACACACAGUAACAGCAACCCUUCUGGAGACAACAUUCCAUUUAUGUUGCAGUCCAGUCCUGUAGCUAUAACAUCUGUUUCUGCUUUAACCAAUCCUAAUAUAUUAAAAGACCUUCCCAAUUCUUCUGAAAUUAAUUUAAACAAAUCUGAACAUUUCCUGUAUCAAUCUACCUCUCAAGUCCCACUCAAUUUGGCUUCAGAAGGUCAGCAGGCAGCCAAUUUAGAAGGGCUGCCACCUGAAUUUAUUAGCAAGCCUGGAAUUAACUCUUCUGGUUUCAGUGGCCAUCCAAGUAGGGUGUUGGCUUCUCCAGCAGGUACCACAGUGCCUCCUAAUGUCAGUCACGCUAUAUCUAAGAGUGGUUCCAAUGGUCAUGAGCCCACUAGAACACCUGAUUUUACAGUAGCAAAGACCUUGGAGCAGGGCAACAUGGGCAGUUGUGCCCAAGUGCAAAGUCAGCUGCUUUCUGGUGGCCUGGUGAUUCCUCAGCCAGCUUGUCUUGCUAGGCAAAUGGAGCCUGAGGUGCAUGGCCAGCAGCAUUUCUAUGCACAGGUAAUGCAAGACACACAGACUCCAGUGCUCUUGGAUAGAACCACACCCUCACAGCAGCAAAUGCAGACUGCUUCAGCAUGGGAAGUGUUUCCAUCUAGAUAUUCUUCAGCUCCUCCUGGAAGUGGUUCUGCUCAGGCCCCAACCAGCAGGUCUUGCCUGGUUGGCCCCCUAGAAGAGAGUUCAUCACAUCUCCCCACAAGCCAAAGUCAGGCUUUGGCUAAUAACAAACAGGCCACAUUGGUCCAGCCUUCAAGUGCCGCAGCUACGACCAGCCUGCCCUCUAACUUGACAUCUGUUGGCCCCAGUCAGCCAACUGUGGGCCCCUCUCAACAAGACCAGCAACAUUCUCAGCCAGCUUCUGGCCCUGCAACAGACUCUUACUACUACUACAGACAUCCUUAUGAUGUCUAUCCAGCUCAGUAUCAACCACCGUAUCCUCCUGUGGAUCCUAGGACAGCUCAUCUGUACUACCAGGAGGAUGCCUAUGGCCGCUAUGACCGGGCUUUCUGGCAGUAUGACAGCACAGCCUGCAGGGAUCUUGGGGGCUAUCGCUAUGCGGAACCUGAACGGCCCAGUUCGAGAGCCAGCCACACCUCAGACAGGCCAUCUUCCAGACAAGGGUAUCCAGAUGAAUAUUACAACUCCAAAAGUGGAUGGAACAAUUACUAUGCAGAUUAUUUUGCAAAUUCAUAUGAUUAUGAAGAUCCAGGCCGCUGGAACCACUACCAGUCAGCUUAUGAUGCCAGGCUCAGAGACUCCAGAGGCUAUGGCCAGAGACUCUGGUAUGACUUAGAACAGAAUCCCUAUCCAAAGAGAGAGGCGUAUCCAUAUGAAAACAGUCAUGAAGACCACUGGCGAUAUGACCCUCGUUUUGCUGGCAGCUUUGAGGAUGACUUGGAGCCUCGCAGGGACCCCUAUGGGGAUGAAUUAGAUCGGCGCAGCAUCCAUAGUGAACAUUCAGGCCACAGUCUUCGCAGUUCUCGUAGUGCGCACAGCCGCCAGAGCAGCUUCAGCUCUCACUCUCAACAAAGCCAGCUUUAUCGAAGCAAUCAUGAUUUGACCUCCAGUGCCUAUGAAGCCGCUAACCCACCAUCCUCACUCCAUGCAGAAUAUUCCUAUGGGGGGUACAGCAACUUUAAUAACCAGUCACCUUUUGCAGAUUAUGCUUACCCAGCCAAAUCUGCUUGGACAACAGCUGAACAAGCCCCUUCAAGACCUCUGACACCUGAGAAGUUUUCUGUGCCUCACAUGUGUGCAAGGUUUGGCCCUGGAGGCUACCUAAUAAAGGUAUUACCAAACCUCCCCUCGGAGGGGCAGCCUGCUUUGGUUGAAAUUUCCAGCAUGGAGAUGAUAUUGCAACAUUUGUCAGAACAAGAGGAGAUGAGAGCAUUUCCAGGCCCUCUAACCAAAGAUGACACCCACAAAGUUGAUGUUAUUAAUUUUGCCCAGAACAAAGCUACGCGGUGCUGUCAGAAUGGAACUCUGAUUGACAGGGAGUCUGCACAGCUGCUCUGGGACUUCAUUGUUCUUCUGUGCAGGCAGAAUGGGACAGUGGUAGGCACAGAUAUUGCUGAGCUCCUUCUGCGGGAUCAUAAAACUGUGUGGCUACCUGGGAAAUCACCCAACGAGGCUAAUUUGAUCGACUUCACAAAUGAGGCUCUGGAGCAGGCAGAAGAGGAGUCUGGGGAGGCUCAGCUGUCUUUCCUCACAGACAGCCUCAUUACCACGAUCGACAGCCUUGAGAAGGAGACAGAGAAAUUCAGGGAGCUUCUGCUUUAUGGUCGUAAGAAGGAUGCUCUGGAAUCUGCCAUGAAGCACGGGCUGUGGGGUCAUGCAUUAUUACUUGCCAGUAAAAUGGACAGCAGAACUCAUGCAAGAGUAAUGACCAGAUUUGCCAACAGCCUUCCAAUUAAUGAUCCUCUACAGACUGUUUACCAGCUAAUGUCUGGGAGAAUGCCUGCAGCUUCCACCUGCUGUGGAGAUGAGAAAUGGGGAGACUGGAGACCCCACCUCGCAAUGGUCCUGUCCAACUUGACUAACAAUAUGGAUGUGGAAUCAAGGACAAUCACCACUAUGGGCGACACACUUGCUUCAAAAGGCCUCUUGGACGCUGCUCACUUUUGCUACCUGAUGGCUCAAGUUGGAUUCGGAAUAUAUAUGAAGAAAACAGCAAAGCUGGUGCUGAUUGGCUCAAAUCACAGCUUACCUUUUUUAAAGUUUGCCACCAAUGAAGCCAUUCAAAGGACUGAAGCUUAUGAAUAUGCCCAGUCGCUGGGGACUCAGCCAUGCCGCAUGCCAAAUUUCCAGGUUUUCAAGUUUAUCUAUGCUUGUCGAUUGGCUGAGAUGGGCCUGGCUGCUCCAGCAUUCCAUUACUGCGAAGUGAUUUCCAGAGCUGUGCUUCAGAGCCCUUGUGACUAUUCUCCUGUCCUUAUCGGCCAGCUGAUGCAGAUCUCUUCUCAGUUACGGCUCUUUGACCCUCAGAUAAAGGAGAAGCCAGAGCAGGAAUUAUUUGUUGAGCCGAGUUGGUUAGUACAACUUCGAAACUUAGAUGGACAAAUAAAGGAGGGUUCUAUAGCUUACAGCAUAGACCGAUCCACACCUCAGCAAUGUGCCUGCAGUACACCAAGCUCUGAACUAGACCAUGUUGGCCAAAGUGAGGGAAUGGGAGCUGGCCAGAAAAUGAACUCAGGUCCUGGCAACCCUCUGUUGGCCUCCUUGCUUCCUACAGUGGUGCACCCCAUGCAGAGCAUCCAGCUGCUGCCUUCAGUGCCUCCACACAUCCUUGAAGGCUCAGAUGCCCUGCGGCCACCUUCCCAGCCAGGUGCGCUUGGUGCCGUUUCAUCCUCGGUGGAGCCAGUGCCUGCCUUUUCAAAUGCAUGUGGAGCUGAGCAGGCUUUGCCUGGCCAGGGUACAACAGUGCCUCUAGUAUCACCCUCUUCUCAGUCUAAUGAACUUCAGCCACCUGUGCAGAUCAACCCAGAAGCAGCAAUACAAAGCACCCUUCAUGAUUCUCCUGUUUGGAAGACUGGCCCAGAGCCCAGGGACGAUGACUUCUAUGGGAAGAUGGCAAACAUGGGCUCGGGCCGACAAUCCAGAUCUGCCUCCCAGUCUUCAGCCCACAUGGGCUCUGGGCAGCGAUCUCGGACUACCUCAGAAUCCUCUGUGCAUUCUAUAGGACCAGAGAGGCCAAAUUCCUUGUUACAGCAGCCCCCUCUGCCCUGUCUGCCAAUCCCCAAAGGGAAGGAAACCAAGAAAGAACCACCAUCCCAAAAGAGCGGUACAACGUGGUUUGGCUGGCUAAAGUGGAAAGGCAAGAAUGAGGCUCAUCUCCCUGAUGAUAAGAAUAAAUCGAUUGUUUGGGAUGAAAAGAAACAGCGGUGGAUCAACUUGGAUGAACCGGAAGAAGAGAGCAAGCCACCGCCUCCACCGCCAACAGGGUUCCCUAAAACUCCUCAAACAGCCUCUUCUGGACAAGGCGCUCCUCCCAGUGCCCCUGUCAACAUGUUCUCCAGGAGAGCAGCAGGAAGCCGAGCACGAUACGUUGACGUCUUAAACCCAAGUGGCACCAAGCCAUCCAGUGCUGUUCCUGCUCCGUCUGACCUGUUUGCUCCAUUGGCCCCAAUGCCCAUUCCAGCCAACAUGUUUUUACCAAACUCUGUUCUGGAGGAGCAGCAGCCUCUGGAAGGCAGGGUGGCAGAAGAGCAGAUGGCAUCAGGGAAGAAAGCCACACCAGACAUAGCUGAUGAACUUCCUCACUUAAAUUCUGCUGUCCUACCACCUGGCUCUGAGCUCCCUUUAUCCAAUCCAGAUGGCUCCCAGUGUGGAGAGCCUCCUGUGGAAUUAUCCUCCCCAGUAGGAACUGUCCAGUUCUACAACCCUUCUCAGUUUGCACAGCCUGCUGCAGUUCCAGGAAGCUCAAGACUGGGUGGCAGAACUGGACAGAGAAAAUAUCCCCUUUUAAAAUAGCAUACAGCAGAUUACUUCUUCAUGCAUGGAUUUUUGAACAAUUACUCGAGAUCCUGUGGCACAUAGAAUCCAUUCUCAGCAGUGAGAGGAUUAUCAGUUUGUAUGGGUUGUCUACUUAGAUAAAAUUACCAAAUGUACCUGUUGUUCAGAAGCCAGUAAAAAUGUUAUUGGGGACUAGAGAGGGACUAACCAAGAAGAAUGUAAGGACUGCACACUGUUUGGUACAAGAAUGGAAGCUGCUGGGAUGUUCCCCUCCCUUCAGCUUACUUGACUGAAAUGUGGAUACUACUCCCCAAUGUUUCAUUAAAAGUUUUCCCCAAUGAGUAGGGAAUACAUAUCCCCUUUUAACACCGCAGUUUGUGGCCUUACAGGGACUGGGGCACAAUUUUUAUGCAUAUAAACCACCAGCUGGGCUAAUUCCUUACGUGAAGCAUUAAGAUAUUUGGCUGAGAUUAUUUUUCUCACACAUUGACCCUUUUCCCUCCCCUUUUUCCCCUUGGAGGGAAGCAUAGCUCAUCCAAAUAAACAGACAUAUAAUGAAUUAAAACAACAAAACUGUGAUUUGUAAUCUAAGAUUUAAUUGGAAGUGGAUUUUACUCCAGUGUGUCUGUAGUUUGUGUUUAGGCGCCUUAUUAAGCCAGCUGUAUAGUCUGAAACAGAAGCUCUGUGUACAGUAGAGGCAUCGCUGUCCUUUUGGAUGAGUCCUCUUGAAGUGCAAUAUGGCUCCUUCUCCCUCUUUAGACUCCAGAAAAGGAAGCUGCGACACCCUCAAAAGCUUUCUUUUUCAAACUGUAGCACGGCAGUCUGUUUUUCUGCUCUUUCAAACUUCUUCCAUUAUCACACUGACUGAGAUCUGAAUUCGCCACUUAAGUGGGUCUGGAUCCAGCAAGCCUCUCCAGUGAUCAACCUGAAUCUCCUUUCAGUUUUGUGCAGGAAAUCCACAAAACUUGAAUAGCCCAACAAUAGGAGACUAAAUAGCUAUGCAUUGGGGCAAGGUUUGCUCUGGAAGCUACUUCACUCAAACACAAAUAACGCUUAUGGGUAGAACGUUAAUGGGUAUUUAUUAACGCUGCCCCUUUGUGAGUAAAUCCCAUAUCUUUGGGAUCUAGAAAGCCUUAAGUAUGUUUUGAAAGGAUUGUAUUCUGGAGGAAUUUUUAACAAUCCAGUGUGGCAAUGUCACCAAGCCUUCUCAGAUGCAUAUUUUUCCCUUCUAUAAAACAUUUUCUUUUUCUGAUUUCUGUCUUUACUGUUUGUCUAGAUGGCCAAACAUCUUUCAGUUUGAGAAACUUCUUUGGAGCAAAGAGCCACUGUCUUUCCUAAAUGUUAGAUAUGACAAUGUACAUUCUUAAAUAAAAUAUUUUUUGCUCUGGA